AUGGCUAACUCAUUAGAACAAUUGAAGGCUUCCGGUACUGUCGUCGUUACUGACACUGGUGAAUUUGAAACAAUUGCCAAGUACACCCCUCAGGAUGCCACUACCAACCCAUCGCUGAUUCUUGCUGCUGCCAAGAAGCCAGAGUACGCCAAGUUGAUUGACGUUGCUAUUGCCUACGGUAAGGAGAACGGUUCCACCGACGAGGAGAAGGCCAACGCCGCUCUCGACAGAUUGCUUGUUGAGUUCGGUAAGGAGAUCUUGAAGAUUGUUCCAGGCCGUGUGUCUACUGAGGUUGACGCUCGUCUUUCUUUCGACAAGGAGGCCACCGUCAAGAAGGCUUUGCAAUUGAUCAAGUUGUACGAGUCCGUUGGAAUCAACAAGGACAGAAUUCUGAUCAAGGUUGCUUCUACCUGGGAGGGUAUCCAGGCCGCCAGAGAGUUGGAGUCCAAGUACGGAAUUCACUGUAACUUGACUCUUUUGUUCUCGUUCGUCCAGGCCGUUGCCUCACCGGUGAGACUUACACCUCUGAAACUGACCCAGGUGUCCAGUCCGUGA